UAAUGGGAAGCAGAAAUAGCUGUGCAGGUCAAACAUGAAAGGUGAAGCAUGUGUUCCCUAUGCAAAUCCAUGCACACAUAUCAAUGCACAUUAAUGUGGCAGGCUGCAAACAAUGAUUUAUGAACUGCCAAGGCAUGUUGCUGCUGGUGGCCCGAGCUAGAUGCAUGAUCUGGAGGUGAUGAGGAUCCCUUUGUGGCUGGGCUUUCUAUGAGAAGGGCAGGUGGCUCAGUGGUGUGCUGAAAAAAGGAGAGGCAGGACUGGUGGCCUGAGCUUGGCCUCACCUGCAUUUGAACUCAUGGAGAGCCUGGCAGCCACAGUGCAGGAGAGCAGAACCUCAAGUCCAGGGGACCUCCUUCUACCCCUGCAUCUUUUCCAGGGGUCUGCAAACAUCUAAGUGCCUGGCCCUAUAGACCUGCCCCAGGAGGAGAUGGCCAUGGAAAAGCCAGUGAUUCCCACUGAGGAGCAACUGGAGAUCCUGGAAUACCACUUCUGCAAGGUGAAUAAGCAUCCUGACCCCACCACACUGUGCCUCAUCGCUGCUGAGACUGGGCUCUCUGAGGAGCAGACUCUGAAAUGGUUCAAGCAGCGCCUGGCAGAGUGGAGGAAGUCUGAAGGGCUGCCCUCAGAAAGCGGGUCCGUCAGGGACUAGAGGAUGCUGCUCCAAUCCCCUUGCUUCUUACAAACCAUGGUGAAGCUCUUCAGAGUGGGUUUCCUUGGGAUUCUUCUGUUGCAAUAGGUUUUGUGAUACAAAGUAAUACUCUGCUAUUUAACAUAAAUUUUAUUUAACAUGUACAUAACCAGAAAAAACCCAUAUAUAUACAUAGAUAUAUGUGUGUAUAAUUUUGAAGGCUGAUAACCUGUCUAGUGAUUCCAACUCAUUAACAGCAGCUGCACAAGAAAAGGCAAUUUCAUGCCCUUGUCCCAGGCUUGCAGAAAAUUUGCCAUGAUAUAUGUUCAAAUAUAGAAUGAAGAAAUAAAGAUUCCUUUUCCUUACAAUCCUCCGAGGCAAAGUAUGUGUUCUAGCUUUAAGGUACAGAUCAUCUGGAAAAGGGUACAGGGCAUCUGGAAAACCAAGUGCAUUGUUCAGGUGACCUGGUUUGGCUCAACAUUCCUGAAUCAGCUCUGGAUACUGGCAAACCAAGUGCCUACACCAUAAUCAGACCAAGCCAAGCACCCCUUGAAUGUCUUUUUUACCUUUCUGUUAAAGGUCACCAAAGAGAAAGAACCCGUGGGUUGUUUUGGGGUUUUUCCCAGUGCAAUAAUAAAAAC